UUUCAGCAGUACUAGUAGAAAUGGGGUGAAUUACCAUCGUAAUUACGAGGAAAACCGUUAGCUCUUGUUUACUGGGCUACAUUGAGGGGGCACAAGGGUAACUGUCCACCUGAAAGAGAAACUCGACGACAAAGCCCGACAGAGUGACAGGCCCAGAGACCUCGGCCAGCUAGACACAGCUGGUCAUCCUGUAGUGAAGUCUGUGCUCGCCGUCCAGUCCGAUGAUUCCAAGGCUCCCAGUAUCCGAGAUGCCGUUUCCAUACCCAGGAGAGCAGCCUGGCAGUAGAGCAUUGGCACCAAGUUCCAUAACAGAAUGCAGAGAGGAGGAACUGUUAAAAAUGGGGGAGGACAUCAAGACCCUGGAGGAGGUGCACCGCUUGCUGGUCGACCUGAUUUCCCGCGGCUUUCCUGGCAAUGACUUGAUCCCACUCAUUGAGACAGACAUUGAGACGCACACCAUUUACCAAAACAACGAAAAGUCACUGGUGCAGAUAAUUAAAGAGUUUAAUCAGUUUCAGGAGACCAAAGCCCAGAAGUCGCUGGCCGCCGAAGAUGAGAGGCAGAAGAAGCAGCACGAGCUCCGAAGCAUCGAGCGGUCCCUGCAGGAAUUCCAGGCACAACAUUUGGCUUUGAACUCCGAGGUUGAAGAUUUUUACAAAGAGCUGCAGAGCCUCGAGCGGGAAGAGCAGGAGCUUCAGCAGCAACAAGACGCCGUCAGUGAAGACACCACGGUUGUCCUGCCCUCCUCCAAGUACCUGGCGCAGAUUUACCAGAAAAUAUCGAAGAUCAAGUGGGACGUUAGCACUGAAGGCCCGGUUCAGAAAGGCAUACACUACGGCGAGAUCGCUCAGCCCAUCACGCUGGACACCUCCAAGCUGUCGGACAUCUCGACGACAAACUCUGUCUGGGGCCUCAUCAGCACCGACUGGUAGAUGAGCCCCCCGCUCUGUUCAGGUUUUAUUGGGAUUUCUCUUUUCGUUAAGUUUUAUGCUACCCCCAAUCUAGAAAUGCAUUUUCUUUGUUGCCCCCCAUUGUUCCCUUGUUGUGCACUUUAUAUCAGCCGCGUCUUCAUUUUAUACCCACCCUUUAUGGAGUCUGUUUGUAAUGCACGUGUUUUAUUUGUGUUUAACUGUCUUUUACUAUUUUACACUGUGCUGCCUUUUCCAUUCUGUUGUUUCUAAAUCAUAAUUGUCACUGCAGACAAGUCAAUAUAAAAAAUAAUAAAAAAAAAAAAACUGUGAAAUUAAACUUCAUGCUGAGAUGUGUCUGUGCGCGGACCUUUUUUCCACAUUUCAGUUUUUCUAAACACAACCUGCAUGUCCUCUGAAAUCGUCUGCCUUUGUGCGCUUCACAUAAAGAAAGCAUUGGCCUGGCACGAGUCGGGGCUCCCGUCAUCCGCCUGCAGUUGUGGUCACAAACACACUGGACUUGGCUUUGCCAGGACCACUCCUGGCACGCUGAUCAGUGUUAAAUGUAAUGUUUGUUACGAAAUUAGAUUACCUUUUAAAAUAAUGUAAUGCAAUACUUAAUACUGGGGGUAAAUAUACAUACCUCUUAGUUUAAAAAAAAAAAAAAAUAGAUCUGUGUUAACAGCAAAGUGUUGUGUGUAUUUAAUGUGAACGAGCGCUUCGGCAAUCAAGUAAAAGAAUGAAACAAAAGUCCUAAGCAUACGUUUAAUCCUGCGUGUGCCGAGGCGUCCCGGUGAUUAUCCCAGGAAAGGAAAGACACAAACUUGGCAGACGGUAUGCCAGUCCUUCACAUGGCACAAUUGCAGUCUGGCCUGUAAAUAAAGGAUCAGUUUAGUUUUCUUCAGGCUGUCUGCUAUAGACCUGGUGAGACAGACAAUCUUCAUACUACAUCUCGUAUACUUCACAUCACACGAAGGAUUAAACAGAUUUAUAAAACCAGGGCAGUGGGUUCAGAGUGGGAAUUCACCGACUGGUUCAAUGUCACUUGUAAUAUAACAACAUGUUAAAUGAGACUCAGCGGCUUUAAUAAAUAGAAAUAACAAAGAAGCCAGAGUGGUGGCAUUGCAGCCUUUAACAAGUUAGGGUGCCAAACUGUAGCCUGAAGUGGCACCGAUGAUGUCCUGUGCAACGGCAUGCAAAAGUGUGGGCCCCCUUACUGUGGAUAGUGAAGUGAGCAGAAGAUGAACUGAUCAUAGAAACCAACAUUUCAAGCAAGGGGGCACAAACCUUUGCCCGCCACUGUAUCUCCCAUGUUGUGUCAUUUCAAUCAACAGACUCUAUAAAAUAGGAUAUAAAAUGCUGGCUCGUGAAACGUAACGCACCAUUUGUAACACCUCACGUUUUAGAAGCAGUAACACGGCUGACAAUUGGAUUUUCCUUUGUCACCGGUCUUGAUGUCUCCACCUGUUGUAGGUUGGUCUGCCUGUAUUUUACACCCCGGCUGGAGUUGCCCAGAGUUGGUGAGCACACACUGUAGACGUCAUUUUCUUCUCUGGCUAAUCUUGGACUAAAUGACUUUUGCCCGUGAGAACCAAAGCAUCAAGUCAAGCGAGUGUCAGCACUUCACUCCAGCAGUCCUGCUCCCUACUUAACCUCCGUCUCCUGUCGUCUUUGGGUCAGGUCAGGUUGAGGCUGAUUUGGCGUUUCAGAUCAGUAAAAGCAGCACACGUCAUCGUCGUCCUCUGUUCGCAGUUCAGUUUACUAGCACUACAGGUUAGGAGGGCCAAUCAAUUGAAAAUGGGUUUGGGUGACAAGUGAAGUCCAGUGCGCCUAGAGAGUCGUCUGAAUUGGGCAGCUCAGCAUUUGCUGCGGACAUUGCAAAGGGUUAAAUCGCAACGCUCUCCAUUGAUACCUCAGCGUCACAAGCACAAAGGUUCGACUAACUUCAAAACACUCUUGGAUUUGCUUAAUCGAGUUCAGCGUUUAAAUGAAAGGAGUUGUAAUCAAAAAUCAAAUAAAGAAAAAAGUCAAUUUUAUACAAGUGUGCUCAAUUGAGAUCCGAUUUAUUUCUAUUAGUUGCAGUCCUGUACAUAAAAGGUCAACAUGCUAUAUAUUAAAAAAUGGACUCCUUACAAAUACACAAAACGAUGGCAAUAAAAACCUUCUGUUCAUUUUUGCAGUA